AUGUCAUCAAGAAUGCGACAUGUGAUUAGCAAUGAUAAUCCUGAAACUCUAGCAAUAUCACAAUUUUAUGCUAAUUAUUGUAAUCCAACAAAUACAGCAAUAACAGCAAUAGCAACAGCAACAGUAACAACAACAACAACAGCAACAACAACAAUUGCAGCAACAACAAAAGCAACAGCACCAACAACAGUAAUGACACCAACAACAGUAAUAGCACCAACAACAGCAGCAGCAGCGAUAACAAAAGGAAGAGCAGCGACAACAACAACAGUAGCAACAGCAAUAAUGACAACAACAACUGCUACAACAACGGCAAAAACAGUAACAAUGGUGACAAAAUCUGUAAUACCGACAGAAGUGACAACAGAACUGAGAAGUAAACAAUCCGAACCAUGCCUUUAUGGAAGAAAUCGAAGCAUUUUAGCGAAAACAUUGAAUUCGGCUAUUCAUCGUUUAUCACUUCCUGGAGUGUCGCAUCAUCCUGAAUUUCACUUUAUUACGCCGAUCGUUAAUCAUAAAAGAUUUACAAUAAAAAACAAUUCAUUUCCCGACCUUACGCAGAAAAUGGCGGAUGGCAAACACACAUUACAAAACAAUGAAUGUUCUAAACGAGUAACGGUAAUUGAUCGACCUGGUCAGGAUAAAAUCCAUUAUACCGGAGCUCGAAUAAAACAUCGAAUUGUCGAUGUAUUAAAGGAAUUUGUAAGUUUUUAUAAUUCAUUGAAUAUUCUCUUUUCAUGA